GCCCCGCAGCCGCCUCUCGCUGUCCCCCAGCUCCCGCUGCAGGUUCCCGGCCACCUCCCGGCUGGCCUCCGCCUGCCCACGGGCCUCCUGGGUGGCAGGGUCAGCCUUCAUCAGUCUCAUUCUCAUCCUCACCAUCAUCAUCAUCCUCAUCAUUGUUGUCAUCAUCACUGUUGUCAUCCUCCUCACCACCACCAUCAUCCUUGCCCUCAUCAUCGUCAUCCUCAUCAUCCUUAUUGUCAUCAUCAUCCUCCUCACCAUCAUCAUCAUCCUGACCAUUGUCAUCAUCAUCCUGACCGUCGUUAUCAUCCUUAUCAUCGUCAGCAUCCUCGCCAUCUCACCUUCAUCAUCCUCACCAUCAUUGUCAUCAUCAUCCUCACCAUCAUCAUCAUCCUUCAUCAUCAUCAUCAUGAUUGUCGUCAUCAUCCUCCUCACCAUUGCCAUCAUCAUCUUCACCCUCACCAUCAUUGUCAUCAUCGUCACCAUCAUCAUCGUGAUUCUCAUCAUCCUCUCCACUUUCAUCAUCCUUAUCAUCAUCAUCAUCUUCACCAUCAUCAUUCUCACCAUCAUCCAGAUCCUCACUAUUAUCCUCACCAUCGUCAUCCAUCCUCACCAUUGUCCUCAUCCUCAUCACGAUCCUCACCAUUGUCAUCGUCAUCUUCACCACUGUCAUCCUCGCCGUCAUCAUCCUCACGUCAUCAUCACUCUCAUCAUUGUCAUCCUCACCAUCAUCAUGAUCCUCACCAUCAUCAUCGUGAUCCUCGCCAUCAUCCUCAUCAUCCUCUCCAUUGUCAUCAUCCUCAUCGUCAUCAUCUUCACCAUCAUCAUCCUCUUCACCAUCGUCAUCCUCACCAUCCUCACCAUCAUCAUGAUCCUCACCAUCGUCAUCAUCAU